UUAAAACUGGAAGUGUUUAUAAACCAGGCAGACAUCAUUUAAAGUGGCAGCUCAGAAAGUAUAUUUUAUUUGCAAAAUGGCAACAUGGAAGAGAUCAUCUGAUGAUACAGAGCAGAUCACAUUUAUGGAUAAUACACAGGACCAGUUAGAUGAUUCUGAAGGGUCUUUGUUUACUGAUCUUGGAAAGGACAAAAAUGACACCACUGCUGAGAUUAGAAAAAAGCUGAGUUCCAUGAAAAUUGCUGUAAUUGCACUUUAUGUGAUCGUUCUCUGCAUCCUGGCAGGGAUUGUCUAUGUAACAGUGCAACUAUAUGAAAGACAGACGAGCAUUUCCGAUAUGGAGGCCAGAGGCAGUGUAUCUAAACAAAUUGGAGAAAAUAGUGUGGGUGAAAGAGUCUGGCAGGAUUCUAAAUAUCUUAAAAACACAAUCAAAAACAACUCUGACUCCCUGAAAGUACUUGCCCAGAAUAUUCAAACUCUGAUUGAAAACGUCACCCUCUUAGAGGACUCAUUAAACAGUUCCUUGUCUCUCAUGGAGGGUAAAAUCCAACAACUGAAUGCGAAGAAUGAACAGCUGACAUAUAUCAUAGAACACAACGUGAACCCUCUGAUUUCUCAGAUAAAAAUGAACGAACAAAGUCUUCAGGAUUUAUCAAAUCAUAUUAAUACAUUUGAAGAUGAUGUCCAUGGUGUUCUGGAUACAGUAAAGUCUGUGAAUAGCAGCUGCAUGGGGGACAUCUUCAUUCACCAACAGGACAUUAUUCAACUGAAUAUGGAUUUUCUAAAUGUGACCUUGGCUACUAGACACUUGGAAGAAAAACAGAUCAAUAUGGAUGCCAAUAUGAAACAAGAAAUAGACAUUUUAAAUAAGGUCACGGAGGCCCUUAGACUGAAGGACUGGGAACAUUCACUGGUUCUAAAUAAUAUAACCAAAAUUCAAGGUCCUCCUGGUCCAAGAGGGCAAAAAGGGGACAUGGGUGAUAGAGGACAUAAUGGCUAUCCAGGACAUCCAGGUUUGCGUGGUAUUCAGGGACCCAAAGGGGAAAAGGGGCAAGGACUCCCUGGAUCCAAUGGGAAUCCAGGAGCUGCUGGUCCAAAAGGGGACAGAGGUUUUCCUGGUCUUCCUGGAUCACAAGGAUCAAAGGGGCAGAAAGGGGAACCAGGCAUAGCAGCAAAUGCAGGACGCCCAGCUUCUGUACGGCUGGUAAAUGGCUCGACACCAAACCAAGGCAGAGUGGAAGUACUGCAUGAAGGGGCAUGGGGUACCAUAUGUGAUGAUAGAUGGGAUCUUCUGGAUGGGCUUGUUGUUUGUAAAAUGCUUGGAUACAGCAAAGUUGUUAAAGUUUUCUUGCAUGCUGCUUUUGGGCAAGGUACUGGGAAAAUACUGAUGGAUGAUGUUACAUGUUCCGGACGAGAGACUUCGAUUUUUGAGUGUCAAUUUCCAGGGUGGGAAAAAACUAACUGCCAACAUAACGAGGAUGCUGGUGUGUCUUGCUCAGCCUAGUCAACAAUUACAUGAAACUCUUUGUGCACGAUUUUCAGCAUCAGGUCUAUGAAGACUGAAUGACCAACUGAAGUUGAAAUGUAAUAAUAAUGGAAAGUAAGAAUUGCUUAAUCAAUGAUAAUUGUGUUAUUUGAUAAUCAUUAAUAACCAUAUGUACAAAUAAUGCAUUGUAACAUUGCAGACUCAAUCCGACAUGCCGGGGAUAAAGAGCUGUGACAAGAAUGAAUACAGUAUAUAUAUAUAUAUAUAAUAUAUAUAUAUAUAUAUAUUAUAUAUA